AUGCUCCCGAAAACAUUCAUUCGACAUAUUUCCCAAUUUGCCGGUGUCCGCGAUGCAGCAAAAUAUGUUCCAAGAAGAGCUCUCCUCUACGUUCCAGCUAGUAAUCAAAAAAUGUUGGACAAAAUUCCAACGAUGCAGGCUGAUUCAGUAGUUAUUGAACUGGAAGAUGGUGUAGCUCUGACAGCAAAAGCUGAGGCUAGAGCGCAGGCAGCAGUUGCAUUGGAUAAAAUUCCCUACCAUUCCUUGGCUUGUCAGGAACUCGGUCUGCGUGUCAAUUCUGUUAGCAGCGGACUUUUGGAGGAUGAUAUCAAGGCAAUAAGUAAAGCUGAGAAAUUGCCACAUGCUUUCAUGGUUCCAAAAGUUGAUAGUCCAGAAGAUCUGGUCACCAUCUACAAUAUCUUCAGAGAGCAUUACGGAGAUGAAAGAAUCACAAAUACCAACACUCGACUUGUGAUCUGGAUCGAAUCAGCUCGUGCUCUGUUGGAUAUGCCACGAAUUCUUUCAUCAACGUUGAACCUCCACAAACAAGCAGGAUUCUUUAAGUUGGAUGCUGUAGUUUUCGGAUCCGACGACUUCUGUGCGGAUAUUGGAUCCACCAGAAGCUCACACGGAACAGAAACACUAUUUGCUCGCCAAAAGUUCGUAACUUGCUGCAAAGCGUUCCAACUGCAAGCGAUCGACAGUGUCUACAUAGACAUCAAAGAUUUGGAUGGCCUAAAACGUCAAUCUGCAGAAGGAAGACAGUGGGGAUUCACAGGGAAACAAGUAAUCCAUCCGAGCCAAGUUUCUGUCGUCCAGGAACAAUUUCUGCCACCGAAAGAGAGAAUCGAAUGGGCACAAGAGUUAGUGCAUGCCUACAGUGAGCACGAAUCGUUAGGAAAAGGAGCAUUCCAGUUCAGAGGACAGAUGAUUGACAGACCACUUCUUCUGCAAGCGCUCAAUAUUAUUCAACUCGUGGAAAGAGUUCAGAACUGA